CAAGGGUGCUGCCUCCGAAAUGCCCUGUCUCAGAGUGGUGGAGCUGUGGGGAACACCCUUCCAAACAGCAAAGCCUCGUGAGGGGAUGGUGAGAGAGACUGUGGAGCAGACGCCUCAGCAGGAAGAGGAGCAACUGGAAACACGUGGGGCAUUGUUGCAAAGAUGCAAAGGGAGUGUGUCCAGGAGUUGCGAGCAGGGAAAAGGCUCUCAGGGGCAGCACAGGCCAGAGAAGCGUCAGGGGAACCAGCCAGUGCAGAAAGUUGGAAUAUCUGUUCACUAUCGGGAAACUCACAAAGGCCUCAAGGAAGCCACGGCCUGGCAGAGAAUCCUUACGGGAGAGAGAAAUAACACGGGCUUUGAGAGUGGGAAAAAGUUCAGGAGGUGCUCACACCAUCAGAGAAUCCACACUGGAGUGAGACCCUAUGGAUGCUGCGAGUGCGGGAAAACCUUCACUGAGCGUUCAACUCUUAUUCGCCAUCAGAGGAUCCACACAGGGGAGAAACCCCAUGAAUGCUGUGAGUGCGGGAAAACCUUCGCUCAGCGCUCACACCUUAUUUGCCAUCAGAAGAUGCACACGGGGGAGAAACCCUAUGGAUGCUGUGAGUGCGGGAAAACCUUUACUGAGAGCUCGCACCUUAUUUGCCAUCAGAGAAUCCAUAGGGGCAGCGCCCCUAUGGAUGCUGCGACUGUGGGAAAACCUUCACUCAGCAUUCAAAUCUCAUUGCGCAUCAGAGGAGUCACACAAGGGAGAAACCCUAUAAAUGGUAUGAGUGUGGGAAAACCUUCUCUUGGCACUCAGCCCUUAUAAAACAUUGGAGGAUCCACACAGGUGAGAAACCCUACAACUGCCGUGAGUGCGGGAAAACCUUCAUUGACAGCUCACACCUUACUUGCCAUCAGAGAAUCCACACAGGGGAGAAACCCUAUGGAUGCUGCGAGUGUGGGAGAACCUUCGCUCGGAAAUCUGGCCUUAUUACACAUCAGAGGAUCCACACAGGGGAGAAACUCUAUGAAUGCCAUGCGUGUGG